AUGGAAAUCCUCAUACUCUACUUGCCAGAUAUUCCGUGCGAUGAGAGCGGGCAGCGGAUGUGGUGGGUAUUUCUCGCCACAUCCUUGGUCACUUUCUUUGGAGGUCUCGUCAUCAUACUCUUAUGGAGAGCUCUCGUAUAUAUAUGGACCGUUUGCUGUCAAUGCGGCAACAAGGAGGUAAGAUAAUUACCAGCAGGGCUAUCAAAUCAAACUGAUGGAAAUUGCAAGCCAACAAUGAAUGAAGACCAAGAGGUAGAGGUAGCAUCGGACUGGAUGACCUCGCUGAAAGCCUGGGCUGGGGUCAUGAUCUGUGCACAGAACUCGACAGGACGCAUGCUGGUGGUGCUAGUGUUCAUCCUCAGCAUCGGAGGACUGGUCAUUUACUUAAUCGACUCCUCAGAUCCUAUAGAAUCCUGCCCGGACUUCCGCACUGACUUCACCUUGCAGGUCGACAUGGUGUUCAACAUCUUCUUCCUGGUGUACUUUGGCCUGCGCUUCAUUGCCGCUAAUGACAAACUAAAGUUCUGGUUGGAUUUGAAUUCAAUUGUGGACUUCUUCACUGUGCCACCAGUAUUUCUGUCUAUGUACCUGAACAGGAGUUGGCUGGGAUUGCGUUUUUUAAGAGCUUUAAGAUUGAUACAAAUUUCUGAAAUUUUACAGUUUUUAAAUAUUUUACAAACCAGCGAUUCCAUAAAGUUGGUGAACUUGUGCUCAGUCUUCUUAAGCACAUGGCUAACUGGUGCAGGCUUUAUACACUUGGUGGAAAACUCAGGGGAUCCUUGGGAAAACUUUGAAAAUUCCCAGUCACUUAGCUACUGGGAAUGUGUGUAUCUGAUCAUGGUUACAAUGUCCACAGUGGGAUAUGGCGAUCUCUAUGCUCAAACGGACCUUGGACGCAUUUUCAUGGUGUUUUUCAUCCUCGGUGGUUUGGCCAUGUUUGCUCACUAUGUGCCAGAAAUAGCUGCUCUCAUCCUUAAUCGGCAGAAAUAUGGAGGGAGUUAUGACUUAACCCCAGGCAAAAAGCAUAUUGUGGUGUGUGGUAACAUUACUCUGGAAAGUGUUUCCAACUUCCUGAAAGACUUUCUCCAUGAGGACAGGGAUGAUGUCAAUGUAGAAAUUGUUUUUCUUCAUCAUACUGAGCCCAAUCUUGAACUGGAAGCCUUAUUCAAACGCCACUUCACUCAGGUGGUGUUCUUCCAGGGUUCCAUCCAAAAUCCUUUUGAUCUUGCUCGAGUCAAGAUUGAACUAGCAGAUGCCUGUUUGAUUAUAGCUAAUAAAUACUCUUCAGACCCUGAUGCAGAGGAUGCAUCCAAUAUCAUGAGAGUGAUCUCCAUCAAGAACUACAAUUCAAACAUACGUAUCAUCACCCAGAUGCUACAGUAUCACAAUAAGGCUCACCUGCUAAACAUCCCCAGCUGGAACUGGAGGGAGGGUGAUGAUGCGAUCUGUCUGGCUGAGCUGAAGCUGGGCUUCAUUGCCCAGAGCUGCCUGGCCCAGGGCCUCUCUACCAUGCUGGCCAACCUCUUCUCCAUGAGGUCCUCCAUUCAGAUUGAAGAGGAGAUAUGGCAGAAGUAUUAUUUGGAAGGAGUAUCCCAAGAAAUGUACACAGAUUAUUUGUCUAGUUCCUUUGUGGGUUUAUCAUUCCCUGAGGUUUGUGAGCUGUGCUUUGUGAAACUAAAUCUCUUGCUGAUAGCCAUUGAGUUCAAGUCUCAUGAGAGAAACAUAAAUAUUUGUGUGUCCUGUGUGCGUUGCAGUAUGAUGAUUAAUCCAGGAAGACAUGUGAAGUUGCAAGAGAAGACACUGGGUAUCUUCAUCGCUGGUGAUGCCAAAGAAGUGAAGAGGGCCUCAGUGUACUGUAAGUCUGCUUUGUCAUCUAUGAAAAAACGCCAGAAAGAAGGAAUGAGGGAUUCAAUCAACUUUUCAAAAAACACAAGGUAACAUGAACCUCUGCUGGUCUCCAGCCAACCAGUGGACACGAUGGAUGACAAUGUGAAGAGGUUUGACUCUACAGGAAUGUUCCACUGGUGCCCCUCCAGAGACAUUGAUAUGGCUGUACUGACCCGCAGUGAAGCAUCGAUGACGGUAGUGAGUGGCCAUGUGGUGGUGUGCAUCUUUGGUGAUGUGAAUUCAGCUGUGAUGGGCCUGAGGAACCUGGUGAUGCCUCUCAGGGCCAGUAACUUCCACUAUCAUGAGCUGAAGCAUAUCAUCUUUGUGGGCUCACUGGACUACCUAAAGAAGGAGUGGGACACACUCAGCAACUUUCCCAAAGUCUCCAUAUUACCCGGCUCUCCUCUGAGCAGAGCGAAUCUGAGGGCUGUGAACAUCAACCUGUGUGACAUGUGUGUCAUCCUCUCAGCCAAUCAGAAUACCGGUGAUGAUACAUCAAUGCAGGAUAAGGAGAGCAUCCUGGGCUCACUCAACAUCCAAUCCAUGCGGUUUGAAGACACCAUAGGCCUUCUGCAGGCCAACUCCCAUGGCUUUGUGCCUCUAGGAAUGGAUCGCUCUUCUUUUGAGAACAGCUCUGUGCAUGGCCUGAUGAGACAGAGUGUUACCAUGGGAAGCAACAUCCUCACAGAGCUUGUGAAUGAUGGUAACGUACAAUACCUGGACCAGGAUGAUGAUGAUGACCCCGACACUGAGCUGUACCUCACACAGCCCUUCGCAUGUGGGGCAGCAUUUGCUGUCAGUGUGCUCGACUCUUUAAUGAGUGCUACUUACUUCAAUGAUAACAUUCUGACAUUGAUCCGGACGCUGGUCACAGGUGGAUCCACUCCGGAACUGGAGAGUUUGUUGGGGGAGGAGAACACCCUACGUGGGGGCUACAGCACCCCUGAAACAUUGGUCAAGAGGGACAGGUGCCAUGUGACACAGGUGGCCCUAUGUGAAGGGCCCUUUGCUGAACUCGGGGAAGGAGGUUUAUAUGGUGACUUAUUCUGCAAGGCAAUGAAAACUUACAACAUGCUGUGUUUUGGAAUAUACCGUCUGUUGGACAUGCCCCGGACCACUGAGACUGGGUGCACAAAGCGGUUUGUAAUCACCACCCCUCCAUAUGACCUGGAGCUGAUACCUACAGACAAGGUCUUCUGCCUAAUGCAGUUUGACCCUACUAGGGGUCAGUUUGGCAACACACUGUCACACUCCUCCCGCUCCUCCUACAACUCGAGUAAAAAGACCUCGGCCAGCGUAGGCUCAUGCAACAGCCAGCCAAAGUGCUAUGAGCCGUGCGACAACCAGAAUUGCUGAAUGAAUAUGGAGAUGUUUCUAUGAUAACACGAGAUUAUUGUGGUUCCUGUUUUUCCACAACCUUCUUCUUCAUGCAUCUGCUCCUUUCUAAAUAGUUAAGUGAAUACAAAAACAACAUAUUUACAAUCAUGUGAAAACAUUGGCUCUAAUUUACCAGCAAGGUCCUACUGCCCUUCUGCCAUUCACCAGAUUACUGAUCAUGUUCACAUGUGCCUUGUUCUGCCCUAUUUGUUUUUUGCCCUGUUUAAAGCACAUGGGUACUCUCCGCUAGUGCUACACAUUACCAGCCUUCUAUGCUUCGAGACAUACUGCUGCAGCUCAGUGCUCCAAGUCAUACUGCCAGCAAUUUCAUUUGCAAUUAUUGUACUGGCCAACUCAUCACUGUCCUUUUUAUUGCUUACUACAGUGGAGCAUAAAGAAGUCCUUAUUUCCACUUGCGUCUCGCUCCCUCCUGUCCAGUGUCACAUGUCCAAGUUUGAAUAUGUGCAGAAUUUCUUAUCUAUAUAUUGUUUGGUAGUGGGUUUUUUUUUUUUUUUUGGUGUUUGUUUGGCUUUGGUUUGCUUUGUUUUUUUGUCCCAAGACUGUAAAUCACAACACUUUUGAAGGAUUUUACUUUUUUUUUUUCCUUCUUUAGAUUUGACAUUGUAUUUCAGUGGUUUACAUUCAAAAUGAUAUAUAAUGAAUGUAUUAUGUGCAAAGUGAGUUAUUUUUAAUUAAACUAGCUAAAGAACUUUGAUUAUUCAACACAUUAUUAAUGAUAUUUAAUCAUAAUAUUCCAGUAUCACCUUUAUUACAAUAUUUAAAUAUUUCCUUUUGAAACAUUCACAUCUCUUUGGCAACCCAUGCCAAAACAUUUAACAUAUUAAGAUGUUGAACCAGUGUUCCAUGACUUUGACUUAAUAAUUUAGUCCUCUGGUAUAACUAGCAUAAUUAAGUAAUUAGGAUAGAAUAUGUAAUGCUAUAUACCAUGAAGUUUAUUAUAAUUAAAACAAUAAAAAAUAACUCCGGAGCCCAGAGGGUGGAUGCUUUCUGUGUGACAUCUCCACAUACUUCUUUGCUCCGCCCACUUUUUAGGUUUAAUUGUGAGUGAUUGUUUCCACCUGUUUCUUGUUAUUCAAUUGAUAGUUGUAUAUUUCCCAAUUUCUUCAGUUUAUUUAGGUCUUUAGUUCCUUGUCAGUUAUUGUGCAAGUUGUAUGUUUCUGGAUUCCAUGUUUAUUUCUGGUCUAGAUCAUGUUGUAUGUUCUAUACUGACAUGUUCUCUUGUUCUGUUUCAUGUAGUUUUGCCUUGUGAUUUGUUUCUUAAUUUUGUGUUUUCAGUUGCUUUCAUUAAAAAUCCC